CUCGAGCAUCAGCCCAGACUGCAGACUCCGGCGUGUGGGCGUGCCGCUGAUCGCCGUGCUCGCGGGCCAGCUGGGCGCCGCCGCCUCGCCGCUCUCCCCUUUUCUCUCACCAUCACCACCGCAAGCCUCACUCUCGCCGGCCUGCAUCCCUCGCCGGCGCUCGCGUCCUAGCCGCCUUGCGCCUUCCUCGCGUGGCCAUAUCGCGCCGCUCUCUCCCGGCUACGGCGCGCCGGCGGGACCCAUGACGCCGCCGCCCUUUGCCUCGCCCGCUCUCUCGCACUGCUCCUCGGGCGGAGCGUCGUCGCCGCACAUGCCCAGCACGCCCGACUCGGCGCUCGGCUCGCCCGGCGCCGCGCCGCUCGGCUUCGGCGCCAGCAGCAGCGGCACCAGCAGCAGCGACACCGGCCUCGAGGCGGCGCUGCCGCUCUUUCCCAAGACGCCGCCGCGCCCGCCGCGCGCCGCGCGCAGCAGCCUGCGCCCCUCGACCGCCGGCUCGGCCGCCGUCCGCACGCUGCGCCACCACUCGCGCGGCGAGGCCGCCGUGCCGCUCGACGUCGAGGCAGACAGCAGCGACAUGCCUGCCAGCGACGCUCUCGAGGGCCCGACGAGUCCGCUGCUGCAGGCGCUGCGCAGCAGCGGGCCGCGGCCAUCGCAGCGCCCCGCGCGCCAGCGCGAGAGCUCGACGACGAGCAGCGCCGGCAGCACGCCCAGCCUCGCCUCUGCCGAGAGCGGCGAGUCGUGGCACUCGGGCGCUGGCCCGUCGUCGCGCCAGCCGCUGCAGCGCAUUGCUGCGCCCGCCGGCGCACCCUCGGCCGUGCUGCUCUCCUUUGGCUCCGCUGGCAUUCCGUCGCACAAGUUGGGCUCGGCGUCUCGCGAUGGCAGUCGAGAGCAGGACCCGACGGACGCGGCGGUGCGCCGAAGAUCGCGGCGCGUCGGCGUGAUUGCUCCAGGAACGGCAUCAGGGGCGGCACUAUGUGACACAGACGAAGUCGGUGCCCCUCUCGCAUCCGCACUGCGUCCUCGCCUGCCGGUCGACAGUCCGCUGUGUGCGCGUGCCUGCGCUCCUCGAGCGAGCGCCAGUGCCAGCGGCCUCGAUCGCAGCAGCAGCCGCCGCUCUGGCGCUCCUCCCGCACCCUCAUCUCCCUCGCUCCCAAACAUGCCCGUCGUCUCGUCUGGCGCGAUGGCCGGCGCGGCCGGUCUGUCGCAGCCGCACCCCAAGCAGACGCCGCCGCCGCCAGUCGGCAACCCGCUCUUCGCCGCACUCAACCAGGCCGCCUCGCAAUCUGCGCUCAGCCUCGGUCUGCCCGUCUCGCCUUUGCCGUCUGCGCGCUCGCUCCCGGAGCCUGCGCCACGCCAGAAGGACGCACAGGGCUGGAACAAGUUCAGCGUCGGCGGCACACCGGGCUCGUCGCCGGCUGUCGUCUCCAGCGCGCAGCCGUGGACGGCCGAGCAGGCGCCCAGCUCGCAGCCCUCGGAGAGCGCGAACCGGACCAGCACGGGCAGCGAUGCUGCGUCCGGCGGCUACCUGAGCUGUGGCAGCACGAGCAGCCACGGCAGUCGCAAAGGAGGAUCUGCCGAGCACAGCGAGGCCAGCGGCAGCGAGCAUGGAGGCAGCUCGUCGAACCUGCGCGAGCGGCGCCUGCGCAUGCGCGCCGAGAAGCUGCUCUCGGCCGGCCAGGCGCUGCCGCCGGAGCUGGCACAGAACCUUGCGCAUAUCGACACCGAUCUCGCAAUCUCGCGCCGCAAGGCCACCGUCAACAAGAGACUCUCUGCACAAGCGACUGCACGACCGGCGCAGGCCCUCAAGACUGAGGUGCCGUCGCUGCCCGAGGAGGCGUCUCAGGAGAGCGAGUCUGUCAGCCCGCAGGACGACAUGGACACGCCGGCACCUGCGCCAGCGACGGCGCGGCGAGCGCGAAACUUGUCGGGCAGCGGCAGCGAAGUGCAGAGCGGCGACUCGGCAGCGUCGCACCAGACGCCUGCGGCCCGACAUGAGCGUCCGGAGGAGCCUCGCCGGCGGCCGUCGGUGCCAGACGAUGCGCGUUCCUCGACCGACAUCCGCUCGCUGCCAAGCGUGCCAGACGGCGUCAGUGUGCGCAGCUCUAUCGACUCUGCAGCGCCGUUCGAUGACGACGAUGAGGAGCCGGACCUGCCAUACCGCACAGGCCAGAGACGUGACAGCGAGUCGAGCAGCGCGUCCGGCAGCUCGCUCAGCACGCUCGACGGCGAGGGCGUCGUACUCGUCUCUGUGGCGAAGCGCGUGACCGCCAAGUCUGUGGGGCGUCCCGCGCCACGCGGUGCACUAGCCGCCUCGGCCUCCUCGCCAGCCGCAGACGGCGACCGAAAGAUGCUCGCUGUCGCUGCUCAGCGCCCACACUCGCGCUCGGUGGGAGCGGACGACGCGCCUUCUCCUACGCCGUCGCGCAGCCACACUCUCGAUGCUCAAGUGGACGCUCGCAGACCGCCGCUGCCCGGGCGCGGCAGCUCAUGGGCUCCCCAGACGCCGGCAACGCAAAAGCUCAUUGCGGCUCAGCGGCCGCGCACGAGCGAGAGCGAGAGCGCAAGCGACGCUCGCAUGCGCCCGAGCGCGUACGCUCCUGCUGCAUCGCAUGCGCGUGUGCCCAGCUCGAACCGCACAUCUGCAAGCAGCGCAGCUGGCAGCGACUGGGACCAGUCGAACCCAGCGGCCGGCGCACGCAAUCUCGGGGUGCAGAAGUGGGCUGGCUAUCGACACGGCAACGCCAGCCAGGAGAGCGCCGUCUCUGCUCUGCGCAUGGCCAACGACAGUGGCGGCCGGAGCCGUACCAGCAGCCAGGCGUACCCGACGCCGUCGCCGUCGGCGCGCCAGCAACAGCGCGACUCGCAGCUCUCGCAGCAGUCGUACUCGACACACGGCUCCGGACCCUCGUCCAAUCUGCACGUGCGUCCCAGCACGGCCUCGAGCGACGGACGUUCGCCCGGUGCACGCACGUAUGGCGGCGACAGCCCCGACCGCAUGUCGCUCAGCGUCAACUCAGCCUGGCGCGCGGCGGCACAGCCCAUCAGUCCAGCUGUCUCGCACGCAUCCGGCGGUGCAGGUCUGGCGAUGCAGCUCGAGGAGCCGGACAUCGACCUCGUCGUCGACGAGUCGCGCAGCAACGCAGAGACGUCGCUGUACGCCGUGCGUCGCCGGCUCGUCGAGACGUAUCCGAGCCUAGGCAGCAGCCGCUCGGCGUUUGCUCUAGGCCGUGGCCAUAGCUCGCGCAAAUCGAUCGAUGCUUCCGAGGCCAGCAAGGCUGCGGGCUUCGGUGUGCUGGUCGGCAACGAGAAGGACGCACGCAAGCGUGAGGAGGCACUCGAGGCGCGUGAACGCGAGAUCACCAUUGAGGCCAUCUGCAAGGACGAGGUCGCGGUCGUCAAGAUCGAGAUCUGGACCGAGGCACGCAGCGGCCGAUGGAUCGUUUGUGGCCCUGCUCCACCGCACUCCACGCCGGUUGCUGCCCUUCCCGAGAUCACGGACCCGUGGGGCAUCCCGAUCGAUGCCAAGGGCAUCGUGCGCCGCCGCAAGCUCAAGAGCAACGUGGAGAUGAGCUCCACGCGGACCGUUGUGCGCUGCAUUGACUGCGCCGAGGCGCGCGACAAGGGCAUCGGCUGCCGCUGCCACACGUGCGGCGACUCGCGCUGCGUCGAGAUGGUGUACGUCGUGCAGUGCGUCGUGCGCCUGGCGCAGUUCCUGCCCCUCAAGCUGCCGACGCACCACAUCAUGGGCGCCAAGCAGCCCGGCGUCAAGUACCUGGACUCGCCCGAGCCGGCCUAUCGCGAGGCAGUGCUGCGCGACCGUGCCAUCGAUGGCUUGCAGGCGGCUGCGGGCCGCGUUGGCCGCCAGCACCACGCCGAGCACGGCUCGCGUCUGCUCAUGGGCAAGGCGACGAUCACGCGCGCCGGCGUGCUCACUGUCGCCGUGACGAACAGCAAGGGCAAGGGGCGCCGCACGUUUGAGGUCGAGGACGGCGUCGACGGCAACAUCACCGAGCUCGAGCUGCCCGCCAAGGACGGCAGCGGCGGACGCCGCUCCAGCCGGGAGCGCACGCGCGACUCGGGCUUCUCGUCGGAGGCCGCCAGCACGUACGACUCCAUGGCCAGCGCUGCUCGCACCGGCUCGCCCGGCUCGAUGCGCCCCUCGUUCCUCGCCACCGAUCCCGAGCGCGACAGCUACUACGGCGGCGCUCCUUCAACGCGCUCGCUCGCGCCGCAGUCUUCGCGCAAGUCGCUACGCAGCCUCUUCAGUCGCUAGCCAACACGCCCGGCUCUCGUCGAUCGUCUCUCCUCUCUCUUUCCCUCUCUCCUAAUGUCACCCUCAGGGCUACCCCACACUGUCACCUCCUCACUUAUUGCGCCGGCCCGCGUUCUCGCCUUGCUGUCACCUCGCUGUGCUUAAGUCUAGAUAGCCCUUUACAUUAUCACGCCGUCUCCCGC